AUGACGGGCUCUUCGAUGUGGGGUGCACUAGGCAGGUUGGUGUGGCUCGCUUUACUAGCGCCAAGCGUUUUGAUGAUUAUCCCUCUUGCUCCAGCAUCUCUGGCGCAUCCACAACCAUGUCAGAUUCUGAAAAGGAUCGGACAUACGGUGCGAGUAGGGGCUCUGCACCUUCAACCGCGAGUUUUUAAGCAGAGUUCCUUCAGGGGUAGAGACCUGGACUGGGAUGCAGGCAGAGAUGAAGAGUGGGAUAUGACUAUACAAAGUGGACCUGAACAUGACUGGAUGGGUAUUAGGACUAAAAGCUCAGCGAGUAACUCUCAUAGGGCAUCCAAAAGAAAAACGAUACUCAAACAAGUGGAUGUGGAGACUGUGUUUCUACCUAGAGACUCCGUUAUUCUCGCUACGGAGACUCUCAAUCGAGUGGUGGGGCUUUUACCGUAUAACCUGACCCUUGAGAUAGUCAUGGCUGUGGAAGCAGGACUUGGAGAAUUACCUGCUUUCUCAUUUUCCUCAUCAUCUACACCUGCCAUGGCGGAUCCUGUUUCGUUUCUGCAAAGUGUUUGCCACACUGUAAUUGUCCAAGGAGUUUCAGCAAUCAUUGCCUUCCCACAAAACAAGGACGAUUUGUUAAAGUUGGAAUUUAUCUCGUCAAUGCUUCAUAUUCCAGUUAUAAGCGUCGUCCAGAAUGAAUUCAAACGCCAGAGUCAGAACUCCCUCCAUUUCCAGAUGGCCAUGCAAAAUCCUCAAACUCCUCAAGAGGAACUCAUCUUCUCCCUACUGUCAAUGAACAACUGGUACGACAUCAGUCUAGUCAUGUGUCAACAGAUGAACAUUUCAGACUUUGUUUUCUUGCUCCACAACAACUCAAAAUUUAAUCUGGGUACAGUUCUCAAGAUAUCCACCAAUAGCAGCUCCAAAAGCGACUUUCAAACUUCUCUGCUAGGUCAACUGGAGUCCAUCAAGGACACAACAUCUACAAUAGUGACCUUUGGAUGUGACAUCAGGGAUAUAAGGAGGAUCUUUACCACUAUUGCAAAGUUUGGUCUGAUUCUUCCUGAUUAUCAUUGGAUUAUAGGUGACUCUCAAAAUGUGGAAGAAUUGCGGACAGAGGGGCUACCAAUGGGUCUUCUUGCACAUGGUCGUAUGGGUGAGCCCUCACUGGAUCAAUACGUCCAGGAUGCAUUGGAGCUUUUGGCACGGGCAGUGGGAUCAGCUGCCACUGUGUCUCCAGAGCUGGCACUGAUUCCUGGCAUCACAAACUGUCUGGCAAUUGAGACUAAAAAUCUCACAUCAGGAACCUUUCUGUCCAGAUUUAUGGCCAACACAUCAUUUGAUGGCCUCAGCGGCUACAUCAAUAUUCAAGAGGAAUCUACUAUUAUCUCUGAAAGCCAUCACUUCAUAUGGAAUCUACAGCAUGACCCAAUAGGAAAACCCAUGUGGACGCGUCUUGGCAGCUGGAAGCAAGCGAAAAUGGUCAUGGAUUAUGGCGUAUGGCCGAAUAAGAGACAGUCUCAGCCAGGGGCGGACUGGCGGCAUUCCUCACGUCUACACUUACGUGUUGUCACCCUGGUUGAACACCCAUUUGUUUUCACUCGAGAUGUCGAUGAGGACGGUUUGUGCCCGGCUGGCCAGUUGUGCCUUGACCCCCUAACAAAUGAUACAGCCUUGUUGGUAAGUCUUUUUCAGGGUCUGCAUGGCGCCAAUGAAACAGUGCCCAUGGAGUUUAAAAAAUGCUGUUAUGGUUAUUGCAUUGAUCUUCUAGAGAAGCUAGCAGAGGACAUGGGGUUUCAUUUUGACCUCUACAUUGUGGGUGAUGGAAAAUAUGGUGCUUAUAAGAAUGGCCGCUGGACAGGCCUUGUUGGGGAUCUAAUGAGCGGAGCAGCUCACCUCGCAGUCACUUCCUUCAGCAUCAACUCAGCACGCAGUCAGGUCAUCGACUUCACCAGCCCCUUCUUUUCAACAAGUCUUGGAAUCUUGGUCAGGACUAGAGAUACAGCCGCACCUAUCGGUGCCUUCAUGUGGCCCCUACACUGGAGUAUGUGGCUGGGAAUAUUUGUGUCUUUACAUGUCACAGCCGUGUUUCUAACCCUGUAUGAGUGGAAAAGCCCUUUUGGGAUGACCCCAAGGGGAAGGAAUAGAGAACGAGUCUUCUCUUUCUCCUCAGCGCUAAACGUUUGCUAUGCAAUCUUGUUUGGUCGGACUGCAGCUAUUAAGCCACCAAAGUGUUGGACUGGCAGAUUCCUCAUGAACCUCUGGGCUAUAUUCUGCUUGUUCUGCUUGUCGACAUACACGGCUAAUCUCGCUGCUGUAAUGGUUGGUGAAAAAACCUAUGAGCAACUCUCAGGUAUUCAUGAUCCCAAGCUCCACCAUCCAUCACAAGGUUUCCGCUUUGGGACUGUCCGGGAGAGCAGUGCCGAGGAUUAUGUGAAAAAAAGCUUUCCUGAGAUGCAUGAAUACAUGAGACGAUAUAAUGUCCCUACAACCCCUGAUGGUAUAGAUCACCUUAAGGAUGAUCCACAAAAGCUUGAUGCUUUUAUAAUGGACAAAGCUCUCUUAGACUAUGAAGUGUCUAUUGAUGCAGACUGCAAGAUGCUGACAGUAGGGAAGCCUUUUGCAAUUGAAGGCUAUGGAAUUGGGCUCAAACAAAAUUCUCGUCUGACUUCAAAUAUCUCUGAGUUGGUCAGUCAGUACAAAUCUGAUGGAUUUAUGGACAUGCUACAUGAUAAGUGGUACAAGGUGGUUCCCUGUGGUAAAAGAAGCUUUGCUGUCACUGAGACUCUACAGAUGGGGAUAAAGCACUUCUCAGGAUUAUUUGUCAUGCUAUGCAUUGGAGUUGCCCUGUCUCUACUCACUACUCUAGGUGAACACAUCCUCCAUCGCUGGGUGAUACCCAGGAUGCAGAACUCUUCACAGCAUACGUACUGGCUUCACACUAGUCAAAGAUUACAUCGAGCGCUUAACCCGAGAUUCAAAGAAGACAAAUUACAGACGGUCGCAAAGCCAGAGAAAAGCUGUAAUGUUGGAAACAAUCAACAAACACCAUGGAACUCUUUGGGAAUGUCCAAUUGUAAUCAAAGGAAAAUGUCCAAUCAGGAGGGGCAACAGAAUGACCUAGAAUGUUCACAGUGCAAGGAGCUCUUGCCCCUACAGGAGAAGAGAAUGCUCCCUCUACAGACCACGUCCAAUGGGAGAACAGAUCUGCUGGGUCUGGCGCAGAACCCAAUAGUACAGGAACUGACAGACCUGGAAACACAGAUCCAGCUCAUCAAAAAACAACUACAGCUCGCCAUGAAGAAAAAAAAAGAGCUGGAGCAGUAUCAGAAGACAAAGACUCCGACUGAGCCCUAG